UGGGUUAUAUACUCCACGUCUCACCGAGAAAGGUACAUUUAAACCCAGUUCUGAGGCGCAGAGAGAGAGAGAGACGCACCUUUAAAGCGCAACAACAACAACAGCUGAUCACCUCUCAUCUGUGGGUCGAUCAUCAUAGGAGGCAUCUGACAUUUUUUUUUUUUUUUUUAUUUGUGUUGUGGCUUAUUUGUUGGCAAGAUCUUGGAGAUGUCCAACGUCCAGCUAUCGAUCUGCGCGCUGGAGAGGCUGGUGGCCAGGAGGACCUUCCCUCUCCACAGACGCACGGCCGUCUGCCGCAACCUCUUCGGACCUGUGGACCACGACGACCUGAACCGGGAGAUGAAGGACAAGAUGCGGGAGAUUUCAGACCGGGACCAGCAGAGGUGGAACUUUAAUUUUGAGAAAAACACCCCGCUGGUUGGGGAUUACGAGUGGGAAGAGGUGUCCGUGGAUACGACCCCGGUGUUUUACCAGGACUCCGUACAGGACGACAGGAGCAGGGUGCCCGUCACGCAGAGGCCCUCCUCGGAGCCCGUCCUCCCGGAGGGCCCCGGUGUGGAUGUACUGGAGCGCUUGGCCGCGCCGGAGAGCAGCAGCGCUCCUCCGUGCGCGGUGGAGGUCAACCAGGAGAACCGCACAGACAAGAUCAACUCAGGGAGUCCGGCUCAGAGACAAGUCCCGUGUGUUAGACGCAAGAGGACGGCCGGUGCUGACAACAACACGCACAUCACAGAUUUCUUCGUGAAACGAAAGAGGGCUGCUGAUAAAAAAUCUAAUGACAUGAGCGGCUGCCACCUCUCCAAGUCUCCAAUCCCGUUGGAACAAACUCCAAGAAAGAGGAUCCGUUGAAGGUGCUGAUUUUUUUUUUUAAAAUAUAUAUAUAUAUAUAUAUAUAUAUUUUUUUUGCACUAUAUGCCUGCGCAUUUUUUUU